CCUUUGCACUCAGUGAAAAUUUCAUCACCGUUGUAGACAGUUCAUUUUCGAAAGGACGCGGAAAAUUUUGAGAUCUCAAAUAUUUUAAAGCACAAUUUGGUUCAAGUUUUGGUUCACAAAUAGAAGAAAAAUUUCGAAAAAAAUAUUGUAGAGUUUAGCAAAAAUUCAAAAAUUAUUUUAAAACCGUUAAAUAAUCAAUAAAAUAUUUAUAUAUAUAUACGAAACCUAAGUACGCUAAGUCAAGGCGAACCACAACAACAGCAGCAACAGCAAGUACAAGCGAUUAACGCAUUAAGCCGUUGCAAGAAGAGCCGAAAAACCUACUCACCUACUUUCGGUCGCACACAGCGCCCACAGCAUACAUACAUACCUACAAACACGCACAUACGAGCGCACCGUCGCAUUCGGCCAGUAAAGCAUUUGGGCGUGACUCGCAGGCAUUUCAACGUCUCAGCACUCAGCACGACAGACAAGUAAGGGCCGCAACUGACAGCGAGGAUUGCCGCGUGUGGAAAUCUUGUUUAAUAAAACACUUUUGUGUGUUCAAUUUGCCAACUUCCUGUGUAUCCGAAGCGUGGAAUAACGGUAUAAACGCUCGCGCCUAUUAAGGCACUUGGCUCUGGUAAGCGUAGAGUUGAACAACUGCGGACCGCGAGACAGUUGAGCGCACGUGUGCAAAGCGUCUCGAACUGAACAGCGCAGCACUGUUCGGUUAACUCGCAGUUUUCUGUCAAUAUUAGCGCUAUAGCAACUGCUGGGUGUGGGCGAUACUGCGCCCCGCCACCGGAGCCUAAAACCAGCACCCUGAAUUUCUCAUCGUUCAAAUCAAGCUUUACUUCUAAUGUUAAUUUCCUGAAGAGAAGAUUUAGCUCGGGAGACCUCUCUUCCGAGCACGAUGAUGUCGACCCCAGUCAACUGCCGCCUGCUGCGCGGCCAAUUCAGGAUCAGCCCACGAAGCCGCCAAUCAGCAGUGGUGGUCCACCGGUCAUGCCACCGCCGCCAGCACCAGGUGUUCCGCCUGCCGGUGGCACUGCUGGUGCCCCUGGCGGUCCGGAGUUGUCGCUGAGUUUCGGCGGUGGCAAGGCAGCGGCACCAGCACCGCCGCGCGGCGUCAGCGCUCCAACCAGCCCAGCGAAGUCGCGCGAGAGUUUGCUGCAACGUGUGCAGAGCUUGACAGGCGCAGCGCGUGAUCAAGGCGCUUCCAUUUUGGGUGCUGCGGUGCAGAGUGCCACACGAGCGCCAACCUUCAACAAGGACAAGUACUUCACGUUGCUCGUACUCGACGACCAAAACACCGACUGGUCGAAGUACUUCCGCGGCAAGCGGCUACAUGGCGAUUUCGACAUACGCGUGGAGCAAGCUGAGUUCCGGGACAUUUCGCUUACUGCCAGCGCCGAAACUGGACCCAUUAUUUCCAUGGCUGUUUACCGUGGCGGCACCAGGGUGGCACGCUCAUUCCGACCGGAUUUUGUGCUGAUACGCCAACCACCACGCGACGGUUCCAACGACUAUCGCUCGACCAUUAUCGGGCUCAAGUAUGGCGGCGUGCCCAGCAUUAAUUCGUUGCACUCGAUUUAUCAAUUUCAGGACAAACCUUGGGUAUUUGCUCACUUGCUUCAAUUGCAACGUCGCUUGGGUCGCGACGCUUUUCCAUUGAUCGAGCAGACCUUCUUCCCCAACGCUAGGGAUUUGUUCAGUUGGACCAAGUUCCCGUGUGUUUUGAAGGCAGGUCAUUGCCACGGUGGUGUGGCCACCGCACGUCUGGAGAAUCAGAGCGCUCUGCAAGAUGCAGCCGGCCUUGUCACCGGUUCGGGCAACGAUGCGCACUGCUACUGCACCAUUGAGCCGUACAUCGAUGCUAAGUUCGAUGUGCACAUUCAGAAGAUCGGAAAUAAUUACAAGGCCUUCAUGCGCAAAUCGAUCUCAGGCCAUUGGAAAACUAAUCAAGGCUCAGCGAUGCUCGAGCAAAUCACGUUAACGGAGAAGUACAAGUCCUGGGUGGAUGAGAUUUCCGAGCUCUUUGGCGGCAUGGAGGUAUGCGGCAUUUCCGUGGUGGUCGGCAAAGACGGCCGCGAGCACAUAAUAAGUGCUUGUGAUUGUACAUUCGCUCUAAUUGGCGAUAGUCAGGAAGAAGAUCGGCGCCAGAUCGCCGACUUAGUCUCGGCACGAAUGCAAAACGUCUGCCGGCCAAGCAUGGCACAGACCGGUGGACCACCACAUGGUAUACGUCAACCAUCACGUUCAUCCAUUUCCUCGCGUGGUGAGAGUCCUACCGAGGAUAUGGCACCAACACCACCGGCACCCGCCGGUCCACGCCCAGCUCCAAUGGGCGGUCCACCACCAAUACCCGAACGCACUUCACCAGCAGUCGGCUCAAUAGGACGUCUCAGCAGUCGCAGCAGCAUUUCCGAGGUACCUGAGGAGCCAACUGCACCGGCUCCGACCAGUGUACCUGGCAGCGCGGGCGGUGUGGUCCGUCGAGAUUCACAAACAUCGCAGGCAUCGAGCGUGUCGUCGGCCUCGAGGGUCUCGACACGUCCUCCGCAAACUCAGAGUUCCGUUGUUGAAGAUGCGGAGGAUACAAUGAAGAAUUUGCGUAAGACCUUUGCGGGGAUAUUUGGUGACAUGUAGGAAUUAGCGAACAAGAAACGCGGAAGAACAGCUAGCGAGACAAGCAGCGGUGGCGGUGGACCUGGCAGUGCAGGCGGCAGUGGCAUAAGCGGCAUCAGUACCGGCUCGUUUCUAGGCAAGCAAUUCUCAUUUGCAAGCGCCGGUGGUAAGUCGGUGAGCGGCAGCACUUCAAGCGUCGCCUCCGACGUGAUCUCAGCACAGCCAUCACCCAAAUUGACCGCAGAGAAGCCAUACGAUGCACGCUCGGACACCUCGACGAACUCCACAUUGACAGCGGGCAGUAUGAGCGUUAGCGCCAGCUCAGCUGCUAGCUACAGCAGCAAGCCAUCUUCCAGCGUUUUAGAUACAUUCCAAGAAGAGAACAAAUACAAGCCAGUCACCAAUUUUGAGCCACAAGAGCGCGUUAAUCCCUUCGAUAAGGGCGCACUAAAAACUUCCGCAACCAAUCAAACUAUCGGUAGCGCCGUAUCCACCACAUCAUCUUCAUCGAUCUCAUCCUCUUCGAUUUCAUCGCGCAUCAAUCGUAACGGUAAUGUGGGCAUUAAAUCGCCACCACCGCCGACUGGACCACCACCGCCACCACCGACUGGCGCUAUCGCUAGCAGCAGCUACCGCAACUCAACCUCGACCACGCCACCAAGCGCCGGCAAGGACAACCGUACUUUCAAUUACGGCAGCUCAACUUCCAUUGAGACCAUUACACGCAUGGAUACUAACACAACAAACACCACAACAGCUGGUCCGAGCAGCGAUGCCGCCCCUGUUGCUGGUGCACUUGCCGACGAUAACAAUGCAACAGGCGUUGCUGGUGGCGCUACUUCCUCCACGAGCGGUGGCCCAGAUUGGAAAUCGAAGAUGGGCAUACGUUCGGCAAGCGUCUACAGCGCGCCCGCCAAUUUGCCAGCAGCUGGUGAUACCUCCGGCUAUGCAUCCAACUCAAGCCCUGCUUCGAACGCUUAUAACACUACAGCCGAUCUGCCAUCGUACACACGACCAUCUUAUUCGCGCUCCGAGAGCAAUGCUUCCAACAAACAAUCCGACUUGGACAUAAUCUUCGGCGACACCAACAACGCCAAGUCCAGCCAUGGUAAUGGCAAGUACACACGCGCCAGCGGUUCACUCUCCGAUGCCGAACUCAUCUUCGGCGGUCCACCGACCAAUUAUAAGGCCGAUCGCUUUGGCGCCUCCAAGAGCAUGAGCGUCACAUCCGAGCGCAGCAACGACGGCAAUGACAGCUACAAUGCGUACCGCAACUACGAGGGUAUACAAAAUGCGGCAUUUAGCGAUUUUAGUGAUUCGCCGAAAACGGGCAGUGUUAGCAGCAUUAACUCGUUUGGCAAUACGAAUCGUUGGAAUAAGCCGACUGUCGAAGAGGAUGACGAAUUGGAUUUGAAGUAGGACAGGGUAAUGAAUCGUAGCAAAAUUAAAGUUCGUUAAAUGGCUGGUGUAUGCAUACAUAUAUGGUAUAUAAAUUAUAUAUUUGUAUAAGGGUAUGAACGAACGCCAGUUAUUAGAAAAUACAAAUUUGAACUUAGAAAAGUCAGAAGAAGUGAAUAAAUGGAGUAAAAAUAUAUAUGAAAAGUAAACAAUACAUACACAUGCGCAUCUAUCGCCUCUGAAGUUUCCUGGUUUCAUAGUGGAAAGAAAUCUUCAUAGAAGCAAGCGUAGAUGAAAAGUUUAAUUUCAUUUUAGGUUUCCUUAAUUUUUUAUUACUUAGUUUAAAUUUGUUUUUGUCAAAGUAAUUUUACAUCAAAACAUAUUGGACUAGUUUGAAGUAUUCCUAAAAUUUUUGGAGAAAAUAGAUUUAUUUUUUAGAAAAUGAACUAACGACGGAACUUAAAAGUGUAUAAAAUAAGAUAAAAGUAAUAUAAAAUAUCUAAUAUCAAUUCCAGCCCAUUCGCUGGGUUAUUAAAAAGUAUGACGAUCGAGAUGCUUCAAUUUUAGUCUGGCGAAAGCUGAACAGUAUAGUAGAAAGUGUGUAGAUACUGCCACCUCAUCUUCUUCAUUGCAAUUUUGACAGGCUGCGUCCCACAAAAGCUUUAGGCUCAACCCGUGAAUGUCCAAUUAGGACACUUAUCAAUGCGGUGAUGUGAGCCUUGCUAAGACCUAAUACUUCAAUGGACCUGUUACGUUUCACUCUGGGAAAACAGGUUUUCGGAACCACACAAAUGCUGGUUACUGACAAACCCUUGCUGAGCUCGCUCGAAGCCCAUAGAACCAACGUCUGAGUGCGAAGGCAGGCGAAAUCCUUCUCGUUCCCAUCCCGACGGAUUUUGUAUAUGGCUGAUUUUUCUUUCAAACUCAUCGGCUGUACAAUUUCUGACGAUUCGGUUGUGGUCAGCCACCUCGGCAUUUUACUGCUGGUCAUGCAGUACUUGACUAACUUUUGGCUUACUGUUAGCGAGCUCAAGGCUUGUAUUGCAGUUUUGUUAUCGAAGUGGAUGCAUAGAAACAGGAGUUGAAAGAGGGCUCCCGACCGAGUACUCCCCCUCAAACUUUAACCUCGAACUUCGAUCCACUGUUAUUAAGUCCAAUAUGUUUUAUCGAAGAUUGUUGUUUGGUCCGACAUCAUUAUAUUAUUACUUUUUUAUAAGUAUAUCAUUUCUGUUAACGUAUAUUUUAUAAGCUUGUUUCUCUAACCAUGAAUAAAUACUAUUUUUUUAUUUUACAAAUAUUUAAAUUUUCCAAACAAAAAAACUUACAAAAAUCAAUUUUAUUGCAAUCAAAGGAUCAUUCUUAAUAUUGAAUAUUUUAGUUUUAAACAUUUACAGACAUUAGUGACGAUUUUCGUUGUGACGCCUUGACUCAAAAACCAACUCAUCUACUAAACCAAAUUAUAUUAGCAAAAUAUUGAAAAUAUUUAACGUUCAAGUACUUUUACUUACAAACUAUUUAUCUCUAAUAUUCAAUUGCUUCAUUAUCAGCCAUUAAAAGUAGCAUACUUCAUCUAAACAUAAACGACAUUUCGAAAAUCAUAUUUCAAAAGUAGUUACUUAAAUAACACGUACAACUACCACCUAUCUACUCAACAUUAAAUACUUAAAACAACAAAAACAAAAAUACAUACAAAUCACUAUACGAGUACUAUAUACAAAUACAAACACAUUACAAUAAUAUUGACACUAGGUGUAUGUGAAAGAAUUGAAAGCUAAAGUGUUGCUAAAGAAAAAAAAUUAUUGCAGAAAGCAUAAAUAAAGUGAGGUUAAACUACCCGAAAUCUGCAAGAAAUAUUAAUUCAAAGUAAAGCAAUUUAUAAAUUAUACAAAUGUGAGGCGUAUGUGUUGGUAUUGAAAUUUUUGGAAAAAUAUUGUAUUGCAUUACUACUUAACAUAUAUAUAUAUAUACAUAUAUACUAAGGAAAUCUAAUAUGGGAACAUAAAACAAAAACUCAGAAAAUACUAAAAUUUGAGAAAGUUGUUCAACUAUGAAAUGUUAAACGGCAAUUCGCUGAAGAUCAUUGAAAUCUAUUUAAUGCUGAACAAUUAUUAACACUCAUAAUAAAGAACUUACUUACAUACUAUGGAACAAACAAGCUAACCGAAACUCAAAAAAAAACACUAUAAAAGGUUAAAAAAAAACACAUUAUAAAAGAUAAAAAAAUGAAAAUAUAAUAUAACAAAAUAAAAAUUUGUUAUUCCAACAUGAGACACUAAACAACAACAACACAAAUGACGCUGAUUAUUUGUAUAAGUACACAAGACAAUAUAUAUGCAAAAAAUAAUUAUGAAAGAAAAACAAAAAAAAAAUUAAAAUUAAAAAUAAAAAUAAAAAUAAUAAACAAUCACUCAUUAGAAAAGGGGUAGUAAAUUAUAUUAACUUAUUUCCUAAUGAAAAAUACAUUAUAAAUUACUAUUAACUCUAAUACUCAAUGACAGAAAAACUAUUUGGUGUGAAGUAAAGCAAAAAUUAAAAUAUAAUAUAUAUGUAUGUAUAAGCACAUAAAAAUAUGAGUUGCUGAAAUGCUGUAUAAAGUAUAUAAAAAAUGUAUUUAAUAUCAUUAAUUUUGUGAACACCGCACUUACAUAUACAGAUAUACAAAUAAUAUUCGUAGAACAUUGCUUUACCCACAGACACUCUUUUUUUCAAAAGAUUCAAACAAUAAAAUGAGAAAAUAAAAACCGCAAUAAGCCACAACGAACUUAAAAAAGCAUAAUAAAAAUCAAAUACUAAACAAAGUAGGAAAAAAAUACCGAGCUUGAUAAGCUUAUGCAGCUAUUUUUUGUUGAAAACCAUUGUUUGAAAAGUGGAGGCACAAAGAAUCUUCUUUUUCUUUAUUUGCAUGAUUUAAAAGCUUUUAUAAAAACUCCAAAGCAGUUUUUAAAAGAGUUUGAAAAGCAUUAUAAGUAAUCUUGAAUAAAAUCUCUUGAAAUGGUUUACUAAAGAUUUUCGAAUUAUAUAUAACCACUCUAACACAUUAUAUAUAAGCUUUCAUAAAAGCUCCUAAAAUAGUUAAUAAACGUUUUCGAAAGCAUUUUAAGUAACUUUCAUAAAAGCUUCUAAAACAGUUUAUGGACAAUUUUCAUAAAAGCUUUUAAAUAAUGUACCAGCGUUUUAAGUAAACUGUUUUAAAAGUUCCCGAAAUAGUUUACUCACGAUUUCGAAAAGCAUUAUUAGUAAGCUUCCAUUUAUAACGGCUUAGUGUACUUACUUCUAAAAAAUUUUGAUUAAAAUUGCUAAUUUGACAAAAUGGCGGCGGUUUGAACAAAAAAAUAUCGAAUUUCGCCUUUUGUUUGACAGUUUUUCGUAGAAAAAAAUGUGAAGAUUUCAAAAAAAAUAAAUAAAAGCUUCCAAUUUCAAUCUAGAUAUCUUCAAAACUCUUCCUUUGAGAGUGGAAACCGUUUUUAAAAGCACCAUUCUGAGAAAAACGCGUUUAAAAUUGGAGUUCCCCACUACAAGAAACGCUAUAGCGGCCGUAAUAUGAAUUUCGAUAUCAAGUGUAUACUCUCCGAUAAUGCAACAAACCAAAAUCGAUCUGUCGGAAAUUUCACAAUGAGGCGAUCCUUUAAGGCUCUCGUAUAAUGAAGAGAUAGCUUUUAUAAUUAGAUAAUUAAUGCACAAAACAGAUUUUAAAUACAUGUCGGAGCGAAAGUGGAAGCUUUAGUAAGCUUUUGCAAGCUACUUAAAGAAUGAAAGCUCCGCAGAAUUCAAAAGUUAAUCGAUGGUUGGGGUAAGGUAAUUGUUUAAGUGUAUUAUUACUCAUAGAAAGAUCUCAACCGGAUGCUUUAACAAAAAUUUCACGUCUUCACUUUGUGCUCUCAAAUAAUUUAUUUGUUUUAUUUUUUGAAAAUAAAGCUUUCGCCUGCUUUUGUGAAAGUUAAGGACUUCGUCUUAUGAUAAGAAAGCUUAUGUAAGUAAAAAAUUAAUGCACACAAAAUAUUUUAAAUACGUUUGGGGCGAAAAUGGAAACUUUACUAGCAAGUUACUUAAAGAAUGGAAGCUCUAAAUUACUCUAAUUAAUCGAUGAUUAUGGUAAGGCGACAUAGGUAUAAGAGUGUCUUACUAAUAGAAAGAACACAACCUAAUCAUUCCACAAUAUUUCAAAGCUUCAGGCCUUCACGUCGUCUUCUUGUUUCUGCUUUCAUAAGCUUUUCGACUUUCUAUUAUUAUUUUUUUAAUUUUUAUUGUAAGUAUUUUUUCUCAAAAAAUACAAAAAAUUAAAUAAAAAUAAAAUAAGUAUAUUGUAAUCAAUAAAUUAGGAACUAAAUGUGUUUAAUGUUAUGCAAUGUUUGUUAUGCAAGCACUCACACAAAUACACACAUAUAUUAUUUGGUUGUGUUUAAAGCUAAUAGCAGAAAUUUUAUUAAAUAAAUAUUUACAUAUAAGAACCCUAAGUACAGUUAGCCAAAAAUACAUGAAUAGUUCUUAAUAUAGCUUAAGCAUAAUAUAAAAAUAGCAAAAAAAAUUGUGUUGUUACAAAUUUAACCAUUUAACUUACAAUCCAGUUAUAGAAAAAGUUCAAAAUACCCUAAUUAAAUGUUUUCUUCCUCAAAUCAACACUAACCCCACUUUUUCCCUUUAAAUGUGACAUGUUUUGAUGGAAAUGUUUAUGAAAAAUUUUUUAUUAAUAUUAUACAAAUACAAAUAUAUUCUAUUAACUAGUAUAAGAAAGCAAAUUAUAAAAAUUUUCAAAUGUGUUUGCACGCUAUCCAGUCGCUGAAAAUUCCAAAAAAAACUAACUGCAUAUUAAUGCACACAGCUGUAUAGGAUACAUAGGUACAUUCAUCAGACAUAUUCAUGUUGUUCUUGUAUACUCCACAAAACGUUAGGCAACAAAACAUUAUCAUACAACAACACAUCAUUAACUUAAAUAUACAUACAUACGAACAAACAAACAAACAAAUAUAAAUUUAGAUAUUGGAACAAAAACAACAACAAGCAAGCAAAGUUAUUAGCACAAUUACACUUAUUUACAAAAUAAAAAGAAACUUAUGAUAUUUAGCAUUAAAUAAUUAACUGUAGUUAAUCAAUAUGAAAGUUUAUAGGCAAUUGUGAGAAAAAACGCACCAACAAGCUAACGCAAAUACAAAAACAAAUGCACUAAAUAAAAAUAAGAAACCCACAAGAGUCAUAAUUAAAGAAUUUGCCCCGAAAAAAAGCUGCAUUUAUCGUUAUGCAAUCAUAUAUGCAUGCAUAUACAAAGCGUACAUAUACAUACACAUAUAUAACAUCAUAUUACACCGACGCGCAUAUAUCAGAAGAAACAUACAUACAUAUAUACAAAUAUUUGCUCAUAUAUUAUGCGAAAGAUAUAACACAUCCAUACAUACUCCUAUAGGACACACACACAACCACUCCCCUUAUCAUACAUUUCCUCAAGAAAGAAAAACUCGCAGUUUGCAGGAAAAACUCAUAAAAUUUCACAAAAUCAUGCGACACCCCCCAGCAGUUGUUCCCAAAAGCAAAUAUUUACUAUAAAAGCAAGUUAAGAAAAACCGCAAAAAAAAAAUUAUUUAUGAAAAAAUUAUAUAUACUAUUAUGUACUAUUAAACAUGUAUGUGUUGAAUGUGACUACAUAAAUAAAUAUUAUACAAAAUGCAUGUAUACUUAACACAAAUUACAAAUACAAAUACAAAAAUGAAAAGCAUUAUACAUAUAUACAUACAUACAACUAUGAAUAUGAUUAUUACAAUUAUUAAAUAUGAUGAUUGACUAUGAGCAUAAUGGGAUAUAAUGGAUACAAUAAUGAGUUGAUAAAUAAAAAUAUUACAUUUUUAAAAUGAAAAACAAAAA